CUCAACUAGCAGAAGCCUAUUUGAUCAUCCACUGCAGUUCGAUGAGACACUACGGGCACCUUCAGUAGCACAGCCACUCACUCUUCAACUGUGUUCAAGUGCUCCCAUACUUCGUCAUCUUGCUCCAGUUUCUGAUUGCUUCUGUAUCUCUUCCAGUUUCACAAGUGCUUUUCGAUCAUGUUGGUUGCUAGUAUUGUGGAGAACUCAUGUUUCUAGCUUGACAACAGAGAGAUUGAGAAAUAUUUGAGACUGUUUCAGAGUGAUUGCUGUUUCUCAUGCAGAUGUUUGAUCGUUUUUCUUCCACCAGGACGGAUUGAAGUGUUUUGAAGAGAGUCGGUGUUGGUUGAAGCCCAACUGUUCUUCACGACUUGCAGUGCUUUGGUAAUAACCUCUAUUGGGGGAGUAAGCACAGGAUGAAGACAACAGCAUGUGCUUUGUGCUUGAUGAAUUGUGUUCGGCUACACGGAGACGAGUGUGAGGAUGCCGAUGGAGCAUCUGCACCCCUCCCCUCGUUUAUAAAGACGAUGACAGAGCUCACCAUUACAUCUGUGCUGCAAAUUCCAGCUUCGUUUGUGAGAUGUUCUGACUCAAGAAUCGGCAAAGUAGUCACGCUGGAGGGACCAAGCAAAGAGAACUGGAGCGUUGAGGUCGGACCUGGCACGCUUCAGAGAAGCGGCCUGGAAUUCAGAGAUGGUUGGCAAAAGUUUGUGGCGGAUCACAAUGUGCAGAUUGGAGACCACUUAUUUUUCACUCUGAAAUCAUACUCUCGUUUCCAAGUUAUGGUUUACGAUGAGAGUGGGUCUCCGAAAGCAAAUGCCACAGCUGCGAGAAACUCUAUUGCCGCAUAUAAAGAUGAGCCAAAGUCUCUGUCGGAAGCUCAAGUCGGAACUUCUGUUAUAUAUCGAAGCAAAGGACCAGUGGCGAGGCCAAAGCAUAAAGUAAGGAGGAAAAUCCGAACUAAGAGUGCUACGAAGCCAGUAGUUGUUGUGGGACGCUCGAGCGAUUUGGAGCUUGAGAACAGUGACCCUCUUGUAAAGGACAUUACCAAUGUGACGGAGAUAGUGAGCGAUUCGAAACCACAACACCAGUCUGACACCAUCGAAAUCCCUGACAGCCCUGGAGCUGCACAGCCACUACUUGUUCCACAUGUUGUACGAGGAGGGCAUGUCAUCUCUGAGCGGCGAGCAGUAACUCAACCAGAGAAAGAGAAAGUUAUUCAUGCCGCUCGAUUGUUAGCCGACACUCUCACAAAUCCCAAGAUCGUGGUGGCGAUGUCAAAAGCUUACGUUUACAGAGGUUUCUGGAUGGUGCUCAACAGACCCUUCUCAAAAGCAUACAUGCCUCAGGAGUCGAGGGAAGUCACUUUGUGCAACAAAGCUGGACAUGAAUGGCCUGUGAAGUGGUUGUUCAAAGAGACAAACUCUUCGUCGGGCUUCAGUGGUGGCUGGAGACGAUUCUCCCUCGAUCACCGCCUCGAAGAAUCUGAUGUGUGCGUGUUCGAAAUAGUGGACGAGACGAACUUUGUCAUACUCGUGCACAUAUUUCGAGCCUUAGGACAGCCAGGUGAAGAUAAUAGCGAUUACCGCCCUUCUUCAAGCAGGGAUUGGGGUGUUGAUCAGAGAAAACGGAAGACAGCAUCAAAUCCCUGUGUCGACACAAACCUGAAUUACAAGAAGCCCAUCGGAUUUUUCUAG